AUGGAAGGCCUCCAUAGGCAAUCCUUCUGUCACGUCUUCUGCUGCACUCACAACAAACCCAUAAACUGGUUAAAAUUACGUAGUCUUAGAAUAAUAGGAAAUUUUAUUGGAAAUUUGGCAACGUCGCCGAAACAAGAUAAAAUAUCUGCACUUCCUUUGCAAUUGCUAGACGAAGAAGUUACUCUGCUUCUCGAAAAAGGAUAUGCAAUUUUAAAAACAUUUCCUAGUUUAUCAGAACCUCCAAAUGAAAAAUUAAAAGAAAAAAGUAAAGCGUAUCGAGAAAGAUUUUUACAAGAUCAGGCGGAAAUUUUAACGGAAAAAAGAAAAUCAGACGUAGAAUCAAAACUCGAUCUUAUAAUUGAGGGUAAAACGAAAAAACGAAAUGCAAACAACGAAGACAAAAACGAAUCCGAUGAUUUUGACAGAUUUAAAAUAUUACAAGAAGAAUGUCAAAAGGCCGAAGCGAUGAAAUAUACCGGUUUAGCUAUUCAAAUAAACACAUGUAAUAUUAAAUAUUUGAUUUAUAAGAAUUUAUGGGAAAAAGGUUUUUACAUCACACCAGGUGGUAAAUUUGGAGCAGAUUUUCUAGCUUAUCCCGGAGACCCGGUGAAAUUUCACGCUUUUUUUAUCGUGGUCUGUUUAAAAACACGCGAAAAACUUCAAUUACAAGACGUUAUAACUUACGGGAGGUUAGGACACAGUGUAAAAAAAACCGUCGUAUUGGCAUAUUUAAAUGAUAAUAAUGAUGUAUCUUAUUUUUCAAUUCAGUGGUCAGGAUUUUAA